GUAAAUACUGAAAGCUUUCAGUCAGCUUUUCCGCAUCUAAUUGAUCCAGCGGUCUGGUCACACUGCUGGGCGACCGAAACGAAACGAGUAAAAAAAUUCCGAUAAUUACAAUUAAUUUAAAAUAAAAUCGCAGAGUAAUACCAGCAAAUAUGGAGGUGGAAAGCCCGGAACACACGCGCGACUUCGCCGAGGUGGACAUCAACAACGGUGCGGCAACGGGAUCAGAAGACGAAGAGGAGGAGGUGCCAGCGCCGGGCAGCGUAACUCUGGAUCGGAACGAGAGUGAUCUUUUCGUGUCGGCCUUGAGUCCCAGCAGCAUCGGGGAUAUACACCCGCUGCAGGAGGUGCUCACCGACGAUGGCGACUACUUCAUCAGCAUCGUGGUCUCGGAUCCGCAGAAAAUCGGCGAUGGCAUGGGCUCCUAUUUGGCCUACAAGGUAACGACCAAAACGAACAUUCCCAAAUUCAAGCGCAGCGAGUUCAGCACCCUGCGGCGCUUCAGCGAUUUCCUGGGCAUCCAUGAUCUGCUGGUGGGCAAGUACAUGCGGCUGGGCCGCAUCAUACCGCCGGCGCCCUCCAAAAACAUCAUAGGCAGCACCAAGGUGAAGAUUAGCCCGCAGCAGAGCGAGCCGGGCACGCCCAUGACCCAGGAGUGGGUGGAGAUCCGCCGGGCGGCUCUGGAGCGAUUCGUACACCGUACCGCCCAGCAUCCGGUGCUGCGCGUGGAUCUGGACUUUAUGAACUUUCUGGAGAGCGACCAGGAGUUGCCGCGUUCUGUGAAUACCUCUGCCCUCAGUGGAGCCGGCGUGAUCCGCCUGUUUAACAAAGUGGGCGAGACUGUGAACAAGAUUACCUACAAAAUGGACGAGAACGACCCGUGGUUCGACGACAAGAUCACCGAAGUGGAGAGCUUGGACGCCAAUCUGCAGAAGCUGCACAAUGCCAUGAAAUCGCUGGUCACGUCGCGUCGUGAGCUGUCGCUGCUCACUGGUUUGGUGGCCAAGUCGGCGGCCAUGUUGAGCACUUGCGAGGAGCACACUGGACUCUCCAGGGCACUGUCCAACCUGGCGGAUGUGGAGGAGAAGAUAGAGCUACUGCGCUCCGAGCAGGCCAACUCGGACUUCUUCAUUCUGGCCGAGUUUAUCAAGGACUACUUGGGCCUGUUCGGGGCCAUCAAGUGCAUUUUCCAUGAGCGCGUCAAGGCAUUCCAGAACUGGCAGUACGCACAAAUGCAGUUGUCCAAGAGGCGGGAGAACCGUGGACGCUUCGAGCUCGCCAACAGGGCGGAUAAGCUGGACCAGGCCCAGCAGGAAGUGGACGAGUGGCAGGGCAAGGUGCAGCGCUGUCAGCAGCAGUUCGACGACAUUUCGGCGGAAAUUAAGCGUGAGAUGGAGCGUUUCGAAUUGACCAGAGUUAAAGACUUUAAAGUAAACAUUAUCAAGUAUAUAGAAGACCAAAUGGCGCAUCAGCAACAGAUCGUCAGCUAUUGGGAGGCCUUUGCUCCGUUUGCCCGCGAAAUUGUUUAACUUUUAUUCCGAUUAUCGAUGCAUUUCCAGAAACUUUUUACAUAACCAACAGCUGUGCGCGCUAUGAACUUAUUCUGCGGGACCAAAUUCGAUCUUAAUCUUGCGAUUUGGAGCUACAAUUUCGCCUUCAGCACUUAUCUUGCAAUUUGCCGCCAAAGCUCGUAUUUUUUGGGAAACUGCUUUCGAUUUCUCUCAAGCAUAGAAAGGUUCAACCUUCACGGUGCAUUCACAAAUCCUCUAUCUCUUUAUUAGAACACAGUAAUUAUUAUCAAAGCUGAAAGUUUGCUGCAGAGCCAAGACUCUGCGUAUUCUCAUUCAAAACAUGUAUUCGGUAUUAUCUAAAAACAGCCAUGGAUCUAUAGUUAGUUAGUUGAAAGUGAAGAAGACUCAUUGGCGAUUUCCAAAUUGAAGUUUAUACCAUUAUUAUUGGGAAAUGGGUUUCCCUGUUUACUGUUGGUAUACUUAUGUAUUUAUAUAUAUAUAUUCCAAUUAAACAUUUUGUAUCAUGACAAA